AUGGAGAAACAGCUGCGAGACGACGCGGUGCCCUGCUCGCCACCCCGCGACACCGCCUUGGAACAGCAGAUGAAGCUCUCGCCGCUGGAGCUGUCGUUCUCGCGGCAGCUCGAAGUAUAUCUGACUGUUGCGGUGCCAGUGAGACUGACGCCGGGGGAAUGCCUGGCAGCGACACAGGCGCUGGUCGCCGAGUACCCGAUUCUCGCGACGAGGUUGGAUUUGAUGCGCUCGAAAUUGACCAAGGAAGAACGCAGUCACAGCAAGCCCGAGGCCAUCUUCCGCGCCCGGACAGUCGACAGGAGCCUCGGGGAAUUCGUGCCGGCGAGCACCGCAGGAUCGCGCUCUGAAGACACUGAGCCCGAGCCUGUCUUCUAUGAUCCUCAGACCUUGGAGGGACUGUUUCAGUGCAAACCGGGUAGGCAUGACAGCCACCAAGCCCUCUCCAUCCAAACGGUCCAUCUCCGUGAUGCAUGCGUCAUUCGCUUCAUCGUCCAACACGCGCUAUCCGACGCUGGAGGCGUGCACUGGAUCGCACAGACCUACUGCGACUUCCUGUCCGGCACGCACCACCGCCACCCCGCCGUUCGCCCCGACUUUGUCCUCAAACCGGAGGUCAUCCAAUCCGGCGCCGAGAUGGCUGCUAAGGGCACCACGCAUCCUAUCGCCGCGCGCUACUCGCAGGGCUUCCGCGUCAGCUGGACCCGCUUCCUGGCCGCAUACCUGCGGCAGCGGUUCUGGGCGGUCUGCCCGACCUCCGCCCGUCGCGUGCGUAGGAUGCUGUUCGUGCCGCAGACGCGGCUCGAUGACUGGAUGUCCCAAGCCCAGAGCCAGGGCGUCCAGGUCACGGAGCACGACCUGCUAAUGGCGUUUGUGUACCAAUCCAUCUUCCCCCCGGCGGCCACGGCCCGCGGCGCGCACACCGGCCUCAUCUUCACCCUCAAUAUCCAGUCGCACGUCGCCUCGCCAAAGGGCGCCCUCACCAACCCCUGGAUCAACGUCCCCGUCGCCCCGGCCGUCGCUCAGGAUCUCGUCCGCAUCGCUGCCCACCUCCGUCACACCAUCCGCCAGGCCCGAGAGCCGGCCUGUGUCGCCCAGAUUAUCGCCCAGCAUGUCCCCGUGAGGAACACCCCCGCCGUGCCGAAGGGAUACGGCUCGCGUACACCCAGGGUGGCCCUCACCUCGUGGAGCCAUCUCCCCUGGUAUGAUCUCGAGGUGAAGGGAACAAGGCCCGCGUUUGUGCUUGGGAACACGCAGCUGACCCAGUUGCUGACUGGGCUUGGAGUGCGGAUGGACGAUGGGUUGACAACGUGUAAGGCCGGGGUUCGUUGGGAGGAGGGCAGGCAGGAGGGGUAUUGGCUGCAGGGGCGGCUCAACGAGGGGAUCUGGGCGAGAAUGAUGGACACACUGGAGCGAGGCAGGCGCGAGGGAGAGGCGAUGUUGGACGACGUUGGGGUAGAGAAGGCUCUGUGAUUGUGAUGGGUAGAGUACGGUUGGUAAGUUUUAGAUGGCGUUCUCCGUUCGUGGGAUAUUCUCCUUAUGAGGUUGUCUGGUUGAGCGUCCCUGUAAUGUAAUGUCUAGGGUGCAAUUGAAUGGAUUGUACUGCUAUGGUUCAAUAACGGAGAAUCUCGAGCUUGAAACUAGAUGGCAUCGCGAUUACCGAGUGUCAGACAGAUGGAAACCAUCGGCGACUAAUGCUCAAGCCAUCCGACCUGUCGCAGGAAUGCAGUUGCAGAGUCUUGAGCAUCCACUGCACUCCACAUCGACUGUAGAUCAUCGCCCAUAUCAACCGGUGGGUCACGGCCGACCGUCGCUUCUCAGCCCAGAUCACCGAGCCUAGGGAUCGCCAGCCUGCCCCAGGAAUCAGUCGCCGCGUACGUCAAUCUCCCGCAAUAUCUACGAGCCUUCAAACCACGUCGCUGAGCUGAUGAGGUGUAUAUAUCCUGCCCG